ACGUGUGGUGCGGCCGCGGCGCCACCGGCGACGAGCGCGAGGUGGCCAAACGGCUGGCGGCCGAGCUGCACCCGGAGCCGGACACGGUGUCCGAGGGCCAGGAGCCGACCGCCUUCUGGGCGGCGCUGGGCGGCCGCGCUCCAUACGCCGGCGAGCGGCCGGCGGCGUCCGAACCGGCCGCACACCCGCCGCGCCUCUUCCACUGCUCGGACGCCAGCGGCCGCUUCCGUGUCACCGAGGUGGUCGACUUUGAGCAGGCCGACUUGUGCUCGCAGGACGUGAUGCUGCUGGACGCCUGGCGCGUGGUGUUCGUCUGGGUGGGCGCCCAGUCGCGCCGUGAGGAGCGCGAGCUGGCCGAGCGCACGGCGCUCGAGUACCUGGCCACGGACCCGGCGGGGCGCGGCGCCGACACGCCCGUGGUGCGGGUGCGCCAGGCCGGCGAGCCGCCCACCUUCACCGGCUUCUUCGGCGCCUGGGACGACGCGCUGUGGGAGAGCGAGCCCGACUGGGAGGCGGUGCGGCGCAGCGUGGCGACCGACAACCGAGGCGUGCGCCAGGUGUUGGCCGCCAGCAGCGCCCAGCCGCUGCCCACCUACCCGCUGGCGGCACUGAACGUGCGUGAGCCGGAUCGUCUGCCGGCAGACGUCGACCCGGCCGUCAAGGAGCGCCACCUGGCGCCCGAAGAGUUCCAGCAGGUGUUCGGCAUGACGCCCGAGGCGUUCGGCGCGCUGCCCGCCUGGAAGCGUCAGCAGCUGAAGAAGCAGGUCGGCCUGUUCUGAGCGUGGCCGCGCUGCCAGCCUGUUCUAAGCGUGGCCGGGCCGCCGGCCUGUUCUGCCCCGUGCGGGCCGCUCGGCUGAGGGCCCGUCCGCACCGGUGGGCAGACGCCCAGGGUCGGCUGAGUUGAAGGGAUCUACAUGGCCCGUGCCGGCUCCCUCGGAGUGCCACGCUCGCCUCUUUCGAAGUGCUGGGGCCUCGUUUGGGGCCUAAGUCUGGGCCUUUUUAAGUGCUGAGGCCCCGUCGACUGAGCGGCGGGCGGACAUGUGCACCCUGCAUAUUCAGAGCGCUGACGAGGCUGAGUUUUGGGUCAGAUGAACUGACUAAGGGGGUCUAAGUGCCGAAGUGCUUAAAUGAGCGCAUGAGGACAUCGCAUGCGUUAUCCGUUGCUGCUUGGGACAGCCUGCAGGGGUUGCCGUUUGUUGCCAUACAUAUUUUAGGUUAAGGGAGGACUCUCAAACGUCCAGAAGAGGUUAUUGAAGCUAGUGGACAAUAAGAAGUGCAUCGAUUAACCAUGAACGUUAUGUUUAAUACCCUGUUGUGAUAACUCCCUGUGUAAAGCCUAUCUGAACAAAUUUUCUGGAUGUCCAAAUUUGGAGCUUUUGCUAGCUGUAAACAGGGCGCUUGCAUGUGCUUACUUGGGUACUAGAUACGGCACCCAAUGAUAGCUGAAAGUAAAGAUGCCACCGAUGUGACGACAGAUAACGAUGCGUCAAAUUUAGGUAACGUUUGAGGCGAGAGCAAGAAAAGUUCUCCCAAAGUAAUGACAACGCAUUUAGCUAUACCACAUAUAACUGAAUACCGAGCAGGCCUUUUUACAGAGGCAUUGUGAACUGUGUCAUGCUCUGUUAUCGUUUGAAAGUCGUGGGAACUAGGGUGUUGGCAUUUUUAUGCUCGGUUUGAUUGCUUGGUGAAUGUUAAGGAAAUUGGCGUUUUUCGUGCGUUUGUCGCCGUUGAUGAUAUGCUGUAAGUGCUGUACUGCAGUAUACGUACAGUGAUACUUG